CCUCUCUAAUCCCCAAUUCAUUUCUCUUGGUCGAAGCCCUAAUCCUUUCUAUCGUUCCCUCAGCUUCCCCAAUCCUUCUGGCUUUGCAUUUCAUCGUCGCUCUCCGAUCGUUCUCAACCUUACAGAUGGUGCCUUCGCCAUCUCUGGUCGCGGAGUAUGCGAAAUCCGGCCGGUCCUCCUGCAAAGGCUGCGGGAAAUCCAUUCCUUCUGGAUCUCUGAGACUGGGUUUGUCCAUUAAGGAUCCCCGAGGGUUCAAUUCCACCAAAUGGCAUCAUGUGGGUUGCUUCUCUUCUCAGUCCCACCCCAUUGUCGCCAAGGAGAUCAAGGGGUUCUCUUCACUCAAGGGGCCUGAUCAGGAUGCUUUGAGGACGUUGGAGGCUGGCGGAAAGUCUGGCCCUUCAUCUGCAAAGGCCCUACAGGGUGGUGUAAGGGACAAUGAUGGUGUUGAUGGUAGCGAGAGUGAUUCUGAAGAGUUGAAGGAGAAGAGUUUGAAGAAGCGGAAGUUUGACUCUGAGCAAGAAGAACGUAAGGAAAAGGACAUAAAUGAGCCAAAGAUGAUUGGAGAUGGCAAUAAAAAUGAUUUGGCUGUAGCUUUUUCUGUGUCUGAUAUUAAGAACACGUAUAAGGAUGCUAAACUUCCACCAAAAUGGAAGGCUUUUCAAACGGUUAUUUUUCAUGAGCAGGAAGAUGGCCUUCAUAGUUCAGAAAAAAUUGCUGCAUUUGAUUUUGAUGGAUGUCUUGCAAAUACGACUGUUUAUAGAGUAGAUCCAGAUGACUGGUCUCUGAUGCAUCCAUCUAUCCCAGAGAAACUGCAAAGCCUAUAUGAUAGUGGCUAUAAGCUGGUGAUUUUCACUAAUGAGGCCAACAUUGAAAGGUGGAAGAAUAAGCGGCAGGUCGCAGUUAACUUUAAAAUAAGAAUGCUUGAGAACUUUAUGAAGCUUGUUAAGCUGCCUAUCCAGGUUUUCAUAGCUUGUGGGCUACCACUAAAUAAAAGAAAUCUAACUGAAGACCCGUUUCGCAAGCCAAAGCCUGGAAUGUGGAGAUUAAUGGAAGAGAACUUCAAUUCUGGCAUAGCAAUAGACAGGAAUCAAUCCUUUUAUGUCGGUGAUGCUGCUGGGAGACCCAAUGACCACAGCGAUGCUGACAUUAAAUUUGCUCAAGUUUGAUGCAUUCUCUUGCAUUUCUUUGUUUUGCAUUGCUCUUUCCAAAGCUAUAAUUUCAGCUACUUCAAUCAUAGUUUUUCAUAGCUGCUGAACUUUAAUUUUAUUGUAUGUCUCUUAGUUGCUUGCUGAUCAUGCAUCUUUUCUAAAAAACACCCGUCAAAUCUUUGGUGAUAUGCAGGCGUAUUGCCUACUUAUGACAAGGGAAUAUAUGAUAGAUACUUAUGACCAGGAAAUAUAUGAUAGACCAGCCAGAGAUGCCAUUUUCUUUGUGCUCUCUAGUUGAUGGCAAUUGUGCUUAAAAUGUUGUAUUGUGAGAGUUUCAGGGUUUGAUUGAAAAUUUGUUAAACUUUAUUAGAUACCAGUAUCAGCUUGAAUUUUCACCCGUCUUGAACCUUCCUAUGUGACCUUUGCAAACUUUACUAUUUUUCACUUCCCACUGUGAGAUAUAGCAAAGACAUUAUAUGGGACAUCCAAACUUUUUGUAUAAGAUGCAUGUAACACAAUUUGCAAGUGAACUGGGGUAAGUUUCAACGCAUAU